AUGGCUUCUAUCUCGCACCGACCCCUUCCUCGGGGUAUCUACACUCCCCUUCCUACAUUCUUCCUUCCCAACGAAGAUUUGGAUCUAGAUGCAUUUGCAACUCACGUGCGAUACGUAGCUGCGGCGGGCACCAUUCCGGUGGUAGCAGGCUCAGCCGGCGAGGCCCCUCAUCUCUCCGCCGAGGAGCGUACGCAACUGAUCAAGACUGCUCGAGCUAGUCUUGACGAAGGAGGGUUACAACAUGUGCCGAUUGUGGCCGGUAUCGGUGCUCCAAGCACCCGCGAAACCAUUGAACUUGCCAAAAAGGCCGAAACAGCGGGCGCCGACUAUACUAUGGUCUUGCCUCCCGGCUAUUACGGUGGCCAGCUGGGGAGUCCGGCAGGAAGACUUGCUCUAACGAAGUUCUUCAUCGAUGUCGCUGAAGCAAGCCCGCUGCCUGUGGUUCUUUACAACUUUCCUGCUGUAUCAGGGGGCAUCGAUUUGGACAGUGACCUGAUUGUCGAUGUUGUGAAGGGCUCAGACAAUGUCGUCGGAGUCAAGUUGACAAAACAUGUGUCAAGCUCUGGCAACUAUGUGGCUCAUCUCCAGGCUCUGAGGAUUACAAUGAGGCUCAGCGUCUUCAAGGUCUGUUGGCUAUGGCGGAUGGAGCGUGUCAACGCAUAG